CGACGAGAAACAAUCACUCCCUGCACCAGUUUGCUUUUUAACUCUUUUUCUUUGCAUUUUUCGCUUUUGUCUGUGAUUUUCUGUUCUGGGAGGAUUCAGUUUAUUCCGUGGUUUUUGAGAGAUAUUCAUACUUUGGUGGUUUGCUGAGCCUGGGCUUUCCCCGCGUUAACCAUGGCCGAAGAAUUUGACCUUUACGAGGUCCUAAGCAUCACCCGCGACGCAAACAAGGAAGACAUCCGGAAGGCUUAUCGCAAGUCCGCUCUCGCCAGUCACCCUGACAAAGUCCCCGAAGCCGAGCGUGAAGAAGCAGAAAUCAAGUUCAAAGCUGUUCAAGAAGCCUACGACAUCCUUUACGAUGACGACAAGCGACACCUCUACGAUACCCACGGCAUGUCCGCGUUCAAUGGAUCCGGUGAACCUGGGAUGGGAGCCGGUCCUGACUUGGACGAUAUCCUUGAGCAGAUGUUCGGUAUGGGGGGUAUGGGCGGAAUGGGUGGUAUGCCCGGGAUGGGAGGCAUGGGAGGAAUGCCAGGAGGACAGCGCCAAAAGCCGAGACGGACACCGAAUGAGGAGCAGACGUAUGAAGUGAACCUAGAGGACUUGUAUAAGGGCAAGACGGUGCGAUUUGCGAGCACGAAGAAUGUCCUUUGCAGUUUAUGUCAUGGCAAGGGUGGGAAAGAGAGGGCGACAGCGAAGAAGUGCGGCACAUGCGAUGGACAGGGUUUCAGAGAGGUUUUGCAGCAGAUGGGGGGGUUCCUUACGCAGUCAUCCGUGCCUUGUACCACUUGCAGUGGAGUGGGCAGCUACUUCAGCCCCAAGGACAAGUGCAAGAAGUGUAAGGGGAAGAAGACAACAGAGGAGAAGAAGAUGCUGGAGAUCUGGAUCCCUCGUGGUGCUAGAGCGGGAGACAAAAUCAUCUUGGAAGGCGAAGCCGACCAGAAGCCAGAUCAAGAACCUGGUGACAUCAUCUUCCAUAUCGUCGAAUCCGAACACCCGACCUUCCAACGUGCUGGCGCUGAUCUGACCACCACUAUCGACGUGACCUUGGCUGAGGCACUCACGGGCUUCUCUCGCGUGGUGGUCAAGCACCUCGAUGGUCGCGGCAUUGAGAUCAGUCACCCCAAAACCCCGGGUAAUGUUCUUUCGCCCGGUCAGGUCCUCAAGGUCCCUGGAGAGGGUAUGCCGAUCAAGCGCAGCGACUCCCGCGGAGAUCUGUACCUGGUGGUGAAUGUUCAGUUCCCAGACGACAAGUGGAGCCCCAGUCCGGCUGUGCUGGAGAAGCUCCGAGAAAUGCUUCCCAAGCCGGGGCCGCGCAUCGAGGCCAACCCGGUGGAUGAUGUCGACUAUGACGCCAAGGGGAACAUGGAACAAUUCGGUAGCAACGAUCCCCAAGGGGGUUCUGCUUGGGAAGAUGACGAAGAUGACGAGCCUACGACAGCGCAAUGCGCAACGCAGUGAUUGCAUUGACAUGGCAUUUCGAAAAACUUUUCGCUCCUCUUUGGCAUUACCGGCGUUUUUGUCCUUUCUUCUGUUUUCUGUUUCAGGGUUUUAAUGACACUUAUGCCAGUAUAUGCGUUAUUGGAUGAGAGAAAAAAAAAAGGGGGAUUGUUUUAUGUCUUCAGGAUUAGAAUUAUAUGGGAAGUCAGAUAGAGAACAGUGGACACCAGUAUAUG